ACCAUGGAUGCAGUCCGAGUCCGAGUCCUCUGUUUGGCAGUUUGGGGCGUUAGUCUUGUCGGGGCAGCUGAAACAGUCGUGAGAACUCCUCCUCCAUACACAAGCGGGACUCUGUUUGUGACUGCUGCUCGAGGGAUGCAAGCAGGACUAGGACCAUACAGCUACGACUCUCAAGGGAAGAGACUCCGCUUUACAGAUGACGAGUCCAAAGUCAUGAAGAGGCCUGCCUACCUCGACCUCCUGUUUCUCUUCCAAGAGGGCAUCUUCUACGAGAUCAACAACAGGAAGGGUUCUUGCAAGAAGAGGCCUCUAUUGUCAUCGCUCCACCCGAUGGAGGUGCAGCCCAACAUGACGGAUAUCGGGGAGAUGUACCUGGGCAGCCGAGCAGAUAGUGGACAGGGGAUUAAUAUGAGGAACUGGCUGAAGAUAUUACCUGAUUACAGUGGGUUUGUGGUCACCACCAGUUCUGUUGGCUGCCUCACUCUCAGCUCCGUCCUCUUCACGCAGUCCAAGGAGCUCCUGAUUUUCAGCUUUACCGAGGUCACCAAGGCGAUACCUGACCCCGAGGCGUUCGUCCCUCCAGCGGUGUGCGAUGACGUGCCUUUGGAACCCGAGGGGAACACCUUAUUCGGGGUCUUUCUAGAUCAAGCAAGAUCUUCACUAUUCACCGAACCCUUACCUAAAUACUAAGGAGACAAAGAUGAGUGGGACACACAUCACUGAACAGUAGCCGAGAGGUUGGAGCACACUGGAGCUUAGUUUUUAGGCUUUUAUUAUGUGAAAACACCCGACUAUUCAACCUGUCCGAGAUCUUUCUAGAUCAAGCAAGAUCUUCACUAUUCAAUGAACCCUUACUAAAAAUACUAAGGAGGAAAAGAUGUUGGCUAUCUGCUAAAGCAAUCUGUUAUUAUUGUUAAGUUUUACCUGGCAGGUUUGAAUAGUUGUUGCUAAGUAACUAACCUGUUGUACCAUGAGGAUAUGUGGUUGAAGAGGUGUAUAUCAUUCUUAUACACUGUGGAGGAACCUUAAUAAAUGUGCAGGUGAUAUGUGGUCACUAUGGAGGAACCUUAAUAAAUGUGCAGGUGAUAUGUGGUCACUGUGGAGGAACCUUAAUA